UGUGCCAGGCUCAGGCGGUGCUGUCCUGUGCUGCUGUGCCUUAGUGUCAGGCUCAGGUGCUGGGGAGCACAGUAGGGUGCCUGGGGCUCCUGUGCUCUGUGGGGAGAUGAUGGCAGCCUGCUGGAAUUUGCAUAAUUAAUUGCCUCACCAUGAUCUAUUAAGCAUUGCCCUCACAGCCUUGUGCCCUUGUGGCUGUGACUCAACCUGGAAGCAUGAAGGAUAGAUGGAUGCAUGUUCCCAUGGUUCUUGCAGCUCCAGGGAAGCCUUUCCUUGCACCUUUCUGGAUUUAUUUCAGUCCUUUUUGGAAGCUGGACAUGGCACAAGGGGCACAGCACAUCACCUGCUUUGGGCUUUGCUGUUGGGUGCUGUGUGUGUAGGACCUGCUCAGGCACCACUGGGGGCCCGUGCCUUGUUCCUCUGCUGACAACCUUUGAUCAGUGUGCCACAGCUGAUAACACAGCCGCGAUCAAUAACACAGCCUGUCCCAGCUGCCAGGCAAAGUUUGUGUGUAACGGGUCCUGGAGGGAGCAGUGGCCCUGGGGCAGGAGCAGCUCGCAUUGGGAUGUAUCCAGGAGCACAGCAGGAAUUAGCUCUGCCCUUAACUGUGGCUCAGUUAAGCAGGACAGGAGCUUGUGGGGCACCAGCACCCCGCUCCGUCCUUUGCUGUGGCCAUUUCUGGGUGGAAGCUUGAGGCCAGUUUGUGUUUCUCUUCCUGCAAAGCUUUUUGCUUUAAUUAUUAACCAGUGCCAGGCAGUGCCAUGACUUCUGGCUGGGGCUAAGCCAGGGCAGGGGGAGGCUGAGGGAAGUCCUCUGCCCUUGGGCCCUCAGCCCCUGCACAGCUCCUGAGGCAUCCAUGAGUGUAGGUGGGGUGUGAAUCCUUAUAGCUGUGGUUUGGUGGGGACGAGGGUUUGGGAAAUGAACAGACUCCAGGAAACAAUCCUCUCUGUCUGUGUAGGGACUCUCUGUGCUGCUGGCAUUCAGGCUGUUCUUCUCCUGGGCUGGUCAAGGCAGCUGGGCACCAUCCAGCUAAAAAUAACACCAGUAAAUAAAACAUUUCCUCCUGGCUUGGCACGCUGGAGCGGAGGCGCAGGGAGCUGGGACGUACCUGGCUGCGGCUCCACGGCGGGACUGGCCCCGUGCCGGGGAGCUCUGGGCUGGUGCCACCAGGUCCAGACCUGCCUGAGCGCCCUCAGCACUCCCUGCCUGGCCCCUGGGGACACGGUGGCCCAUGGCAUCCUCAAUGCCGACAGCAGAAUGUCACCGCUGGCUGCUGGAGGGCUGGAUCCGCCGGUGACAUGGUGGUGGCCCAUGCAGCAGGAUGCCACGGCCACCCCACGCUGAGCUCUGUGCUGGCUCAGUUUCUGCACCUGCAGCGUGGGACUCCCACACUUGGCACGUGUCCCAGACAGCAGCAGCGAUGGCAACGCUCUACCCCUCCCUGGAGGACAUGAAGGGCCACCAGGUCCUGCAGGCACAGGCAGCAGCUGGGGUGAGGACCCCCGCCACCACAGUGGUCACAGAGAAGCCGAAGCUCACCUCGGGCACUGAGCCUCCUGUGCUGUACCCCAACCUAGCAGAGCUGGAGAACUACAUGGGGCUGGCGCUGUCCAGCGAGGAGAUCCAGAAGAACCUGCACACGGAGGACAGCACCGCACUGACCCCCGCCGGGCCCUCCCCAGGCCAGCUGGUCGCCCCCCUGAGCGGGAACAGCGCGGGGCUGCGGCGGGCGGAGAUCAAGCCGGGCGUGCGGGAGAUCCACCUGUGCAAGGACGAGCGCGGCAAGACGGGGCUGCAGCUGAAGAACGUCGACCAGGGCAUCUUCGUGCAGCUGGUGAAGGCCAACUCGCCAGCAGCGCUGGUGGGGCUGCGCUUCGGGGACCAGGUGCUGCAGAUCGACGGCAAGAACUGCGCGGGCUGGAGCAGCGACAAGGCACAGCGCGCGCUGAAGAAGGCGAACCCUGAAAAAAUCGUCAUGGUGGUGAGGGACAGGCCUUUCCAGCGCACCGUGACCGUGCACAAGGACAGCACUGGCCACGUGGGCAUCGUGGUGAAGAAGGGCAAGAUUGUGUCGCUGGCCAAGGACAGCUCGGCCGCCCGCAACGGGCUCCUCACCCACCACUGCAUCUGCGAGGUGAACGGCCAGAACGUCAUCGGCAUGAAGGAUAAGAAGCUCAUGGAGGUGCUGGCAGGGGCUGGGAACGUGGUGACACUGACCAUCAUCCCCACCGUGAUCUACGAGCACAUGGUCAAACGGCUCUCAUCAGGGCUGGUGAAGUCGUCCAUGGACCACUCCAUCCCUGACCUGUGACACCAUCGCUGCUGUUCCGGGAGCUGAUGCUGGAAGCUCAGGGGACCUGCUGAGAGCACCCCACAGCACCUCCAAAGGAGCUAUUCUAGCACAAAACCCCUUAUC